CAGGGAGAAGCAUAGGUGCAUAGCCCAUUCGCGGUGGGAAAGAGGAUGAGCGCGGCGGAGCUGCCGAAGAGGGAGGCGAACGUCCUGAGAGGACACGAGGGAGCGGUUCUGGCUGUGAGGUUCAAUAGCAACGGCGAGUAUUGCCUGAGCUGCGGGAGGGAUCGCACCAUCCGCCUCUGGAAUCCGCACCGUGGAAUUCACGUCAAGACCUACAAAUCUCACGGCCGUGAAGUUCGAGACGUCCACGUCACUUCGGAUAACUCCAAGCUAUGUUCCUGUGGCGGUGAUCGGCAAAUAUUUUACUGGGAUGUGGCAUCAGGCCGUGUAAUUAGAAAAUUCAGAGGCCAUGACAGUGAGGUGAAUGCUGUGAAGUUUAAUGAUUAUUCUACUGUAGUUGUAUCUGCUGGAUAUGAUAAAUCUUUGCGCGCCUGGGACUGCAAAUCUCACAGCACUGAGCCAAUUCAGAUUAUUGACACAUUUUUAGAUAGUGUCAUGUCAGUCUGUUUGACAAAAACUGAAAUAAUUGCUGGAAGUGUUGAUGGAACUGUUCGAACAUUUGACAUUCGAACUGGUAGGGAAAUAUCUGACAGCUUGGGGCAACCUGUGAAUUGUAUCUCUCUGUCAAAUGAUGGGAACUGUAUACUAGCUAGCUGUCUUGACUCAACCUUGCGACUUCUGGAUAGGUCUAGUGGUGAACUGUUGCAAGAAUAUAAGGGUCAUACUUGCAAGACUUCUAAAACAGACUGCUGUCUCACAAACACUGAUGCACAUGUGAUUGGUGGUUCUGAAGAUGGUUUUCUUUACUUCUGGGAUCUGGUUGAUGCGUCCGUAACAUCCAGUUUCAAGGCUCAUGCUUCUGUGGUAACGAGCGUGAGUUAUCACCCGAAAGACAGCUGCAUGAUAACUUCAUCGGUUGAUGGGACAAUCCGGGUUUGGAAAACUUGAAACGACAAACCCAAUCCAGCCAAAGACCUAAGAUCUUUCAAUCUAAAUAUAUCAGCGCUGUAGAUGUGCAUCGCUCAGUGGGAACUGAACACAACACUUACAUUAGUUCAGAGGUGAGAGCCAAGACAAAAAUCGCACCUACAGACUGGCCAAUAAGAAGCAGCAGGUAAACAUAAAACGAUAAAAGACAGACUUAGGUGCUGGCUGCAUCGCAUUAUCCACUAUCUAUAUUGGCAUAAUCAUUGACUUGUGUAACUUAUGCAACAAUUGGCGGACUCCAUUCCAUAAGCACAUGAUUUGGGUAGUGAAUUUGUCACAUGCACCAUUAUUAUGAAAUAUUUGCUGGAAAUUGACCGUUACAGCUCUGGUUGGUGCUGGGUAGCUGUCCAUUCAAUAGUCUUUGUUUUCUUCUCUUUUUCCAGUUUUCCCUUUCCCGUUGUCAUUUUAUACCUUUUUUUCCCUCUUUCUUUCAUAUAUGAAUAAAAUAUUUACAAAUUUGAACAGUCAGGUUGCUUUCA